UCGCUCGCUCCGUCCUCAUCUUUCUGUUUUUCUUCAGUCACUCGUUCUUCACCACUUAUUCAUUGGAGGCCUUCGCCUUCGUCCACUCGCUCCCUCAGCACCAACACCAACAUGCGCGCCCCCAUUGCCCUCGCUCUUCUCGGCAGCGCCGGCUUCACCGCCAGCGCCGCCGUGAUCAAGCCUCCACAGUCAAACGACUCCCCCACGGACAUCCCCGCUCCUACCCCCAUAAACAGCACGGACGACCCGCGCAUCACCUCCAACCCUCGUAUAACGGACAAGCCCGCCGUCCUCACCACCUCGUCAAACAUCGUCUGGGAUUUCUUCCCCACAGACGGCAUCCUCUCCCUGUUCACGCCGAUGCCGUUGGCCGUGCCCACGCCCGUGCGCAGCCAGUCCCAGGUCGAGACGACGUAUAUCCCGCGGUACACGCUGUGCCGGGGUGGCAAUGGCAGCGGGGGCAGCAGCACCGCUGUCGCUUCCGCUGCCGCAGACGCUACCGCAGAUGAAGACUGCCGCACCUACUACGAAGCCUCGCUGACGACGCUCUGCGCGACGACGCUGACGGGCCUCGGCACCCGCGUCCCCAUCACUGCCUGCGACCAGGACGUGACGUUCUCGAGCGACUUCGGCGCCGUGCUGGUCCCAGCAACGCAUCACCGGACGCAGAGCGGGGGCGAGGAACCCGCCGUCACUGUCGCUGAGGUCGUGGGCGGCAGCAGCAGCACCAGCACCAGCACCAGCAAAACAAAGACGAAGGAUGCUGCUGCCCGUACUACGCCUGCCCCCUCCUCUACCCUCCAGCUCCGUACCACGUACUACCUCGCGCCCUGGCAGCAGCUCACGGCCGGCGGCGACGUGCCCGCCGACGUCGACGUCAAGGUCUGCCAUGUGCGGGCCGGCAACGACAGCGUCGAGGACUGCGUGCGCGCGGCUGAGGCGUGGGCCGUCGUGCCGGUGACGCUGACGAGCGCCAUCACGUCGACUGUCGACGUCGUCGCGUCGGUGACCGGUGCCGGCCGCUUCCUCGUCGAGACGUACCAUCGGCCGAUUGUCGCGAAUGCGACGGUCGUCAGUCUGUCAACUGAGAUGGUCGUCAAUUAUGCGUAUAUGGCCGAGACGAUCAGUCGUAGUCAGAAGGUUACGAGUACGAGUUCUGGGACGUUGACGCGGACGCGGACGGUCAAGGUUGCUAAUGUGGCUGAUGAGGAGGAAGCGGAGUAAGUGUUUUCCAUGUUUCCCGUUUUUUCUUUUCUGUGUGUAUUGGGGCUGACUUCCUGCGCCUAGCUACAGCAGCACCACAGUCGUGACCUCGACGUCGACCGUCACAGCCUUCAGCGGCACGACGACGCAAACCGAGCCC